UGGAAUGCGGCAACAUGGGCGUGUUUGACCGCGGAGUUCAGAUGCUGCUGACCACGGUGGGGGCCUUCGCCGCCUUCAGCCUCAUGACCAUCGCCGUGGGGACAGACUACUGGCUGUACUCGCGCGGCGUCUGCAAGAUCAAGAGCACCAACGAGAACGAGACCAGCAAGAAGAACGAGGAGGUGAUGACGCACUCGGGCCUCUGGAGGACCUGCUGCCUGGAAGGUUCUUUUAAAGGCAUGUGUAAGCAGAUAGAUCACUUCCCCGAGGACGCUGACUAUGAGGCGGAUGCUUCCGAGUACUUCCUACGCGCGGUACGAGCCUCCAGUAUCUUCCCCAUCCUGAGUGUGAUCCUGCUCUUCAUGGGGGGGCUGUGCAUCGCUGCCAGCGAGUUCUACAAGUCACGCCACAACAUUAUCCUCAGCGCCGGCAUCCUCUUCGUCUCCGCAGGCCUCAGCAACAUCAUAGGAAUAAUUGUGUACAUAUCAGCCAAUGCUGGGGACCCUUCCAAGAGUGACUCCAAGAAGAACAGCUACUCCUACGGCUGGUCCUUCUACUUCGGCGCCCUCUCCUUCAUCAUGGCCGAAAUGGUGGGUGUACUGGCCGUGCACAUGUUUAUUGACCGCCACCGGGAGCUGCGUGUGGGGGCGCGGGCCGCCGACUACCUCCAAGGUGCAGCCAUCACGCGCAUCCCCAGCUACCGCUACCGUUACCGCCGCCGCUCACGCUCUUCGUCCCGCUCCACGGAUCCCUCGCACUCCCGCGAGGCAUCACCGGUGGGCCUGAAGGCCUUCGGGACGCUGCCGUCCACCGAGCUGUCCAUGUACACACUGCCCAAGGGCCAAACGGGCACCCCAACAGCCACCUAUAACUCCACGGAGAGGGACCACAACUUCCUGCAGGUCCACAACUGCAUCCAGAAGGACCUGAAAGACUCAGGCGGCCACAGCAACACCGCCAACCGACGCACCACACCUGUAUGAAACUGACAGAGGGACCUCAGACACUAAAAAAAUCAGAGGGAAUUUUGGGGGGAGGCAGCAAAAAGACAUAUCACGGUGUAAGGAAAUGUUAAGAGGAAGAGAAGGGUGCUUAAAUGGAUAGAUGACAGGAGGGGUAAGCGGCAGAAGGGAAGUUCUGAGCACUCCACAGCACCUCAGAUGAUCACUGAGUUUCUGUUUAAAAAAAAGGAAACAGACAAAAAUGCAUAAAAAAAGAAACAUGCAUGAUUUUCCCAUCUACCAUUGUUUAACAAGUUUUGAACAUGUUUGUAAAGAUUUGAGGGGGAGGAUGGGGAAAGAGGAGUCGGGAGGGGGGGCGGCUGGUGGUUGUCUGUCUUGGGCUGUGGAACUAUGGGAGUGGUGGGCUGGGCCAGACUGCCCGUUUAAAAGGUGAACUUUAUAUUUUUUACUCUUCCUCAGUCUGAUGAAAAUGGGGCGUAGUUUGCCCCUCGGCCCUGCCUAUGAUCCCGCCCUCGCACUACCAUCCCACAAGCCCCCAACACACACACCCUAACCUCCCUUGAACCCCACUCCUCUCUUUAGUUGCUGUAUCUUCUUGAUUUCAUUCUUUAUUCACAUUAAUACUGUGAACCAUUGCGGUGUGGGAUUUUAGCAGGGAGCAAUUCAGGCCGCAAAAAAAAGAAAAAAAAUACACAUAAGUUAAUAUAUGUAUUGAUUAUAUAUAAAUAUAUGAAUAUAUAUGUUAAUAAAUCAUGACUAGACUUCCCUGGCGCAAAAAUAACAACAAGAAAAAAAAAGAUAACAAAGUAACUUACAAGUGAAACUAAAUCAAGUCGUCAUGGAAACUAAACCAAGACGGAGGAUUCAUCGUGACUGGCUCAUUUGACGGGCAAAGGCUUCAGCCUACUUGAUAAACUGAGAUUGGUUAGUAUUAGUCACAUUAUCACAUUCUUUUACAACAAAAAUUAAAAAAAAAAAAACCUUUUGGCCUUCCGCCGAAACCCUGGCAGCCAUCUUUGUUUCAGGGUCAACUGGAGGUGAAAAGUCGACCUCACUUUUUUGCUCCAUAAAGGGGCGGAGUGAAGAGAGAACUCUGGGUAAUGGAGGAUCUCUCAGCAAACUUGAAGACUGUGGACAAUGAAACGUCACUACUGCCAAAGAGACAAAGUAGUGCGCGAGAGAACUUGGCUACCAGCGAGGUAAAGCUAAGUGACUCCAAAAAAUUAAGAAUUUACAUGCAUGCUAAUCAAAAUCAUCCGAUCUGCUUUUAAGGAACCUAUGUUUUGAACAACUGAACAAUGAUACCAUGUAAGGGCAGUGGGUGUGACAAAAAUAGAAAUUAAUGUUACAGUACUGUGUCUAUUUCAACUUUUUUUUUUUUUUCUUUCUUUUUUUUUUGAGUGGGUAAUUUGGGGUGGGGCUUCAUUACGCUUGAAACAAAAAGAACAAACUUUGGAGAACGUAUCAAGGCUUUUUUUAACAGAAGAAAAUCUUAUCUUGCCUUUUCAUUUCAUUUUUUUUUUCUGUGUUCCUUUGAACUCUCACACAGCCUUAGUCUCUUUCUUUGUCUCAUUUUUCUUGUUCUUUGGUUUUUGCGUUGUGUUGUUGUAAAUGAGAAUUUAAAAAAAGCGUAAUGUCUUUCAAGGUGCCAAAACUGAAUGAUUCUGAACUUGGAUGCAUCAAGUCCUGAUGACGAAUAAAAAUUGAACCCCCCUGUAGGGAACAGAAUGAGUCUCUGUUGUAUCCUGUGUGGUCUAAAAGCACAAUACUACAGAAACCAAAUAGCCCAGAGGCCUUAACAAAAAAGCCUUACCCUUCAUACAGAUUUAAGACAUUUCAUCAAGAAAGGGUAUACAUAAAAAGGGUCAGUCCAUUCAUUUGAACCCUUAGACAAACAUCCAUGCUUGAAAAGACCUUACAGUGAGCACCCACUGAAUGUAGAAUCACACACAGUGAAGUUUGUCCCGAUUCAUUUUCUAUGGGACGUGAGUGAAUAGCCACUCAAAGCAUUAUGGUACUGUAAAGCAGGCAACGUGAGACUGACCAGCAAGGCGA